GUUUACUUCCGGCCGCCGCCGCCGCCGCGGGCUGAGGGCCGAGCGUGUCGGGCGGCGGGCCCCGAGCAGCCAUGGACUGGCUCAUGGGGUAGCUUCGUGUAGCCCCCAGUCCCACUGUCUUCACGGGAGACGUGUUAACUUAGGCCAGAGCGUCUUCCCGUUCCCCUUCCUCGUACACCGGACUCGGGAGUGCUGCUGUGGUGUCGUCGGCUCUGUGGACGUCCUCAGCGCCGUUGGCUGUGGCAGAACCGCCUGGAGAGCUUGUUCACCCACGUGCCGGCUUCAGUGCAGAGAAGUCUAAAGCAAAGCCCAACGGAAAGAAGCCCGCCGCGGAGGAGAAGAAGAUGUACCUGGAGCCAGAGUACGCCAGGUCCAGGAUCACCGACGUCGGCUUCAAGGAGCUGGUGGUGCUGCCCCGGGAGAUCGACCUCAACGAGUGGCUGGCCAGCAACACCACCACAUUUUUCCACCACGUCAACCUACAGUACAGCACCAUCUCAGAGUUCUGCACAGGAGAGGCGUGCCAGACGAUGGCCGUGUGCAACACACAGUACUACUGGUACGAUGAGCGGGGGAAGAAGGUCAAGUGCACCGCUCCCCAGUACGUCGACUUUGUUAUGAGCUCCGUGCAGAAGCUGGUGACGGACGAGGACGUGUUCCCCACGAAGUACGGCAGAGAAUUCCCCAGCUCGUUCGAGGCUCUGGUGAAGAAGAUCUGCAAGUACCUGUUCCACGUGCUGGCGCACAUCUACUGGUCCCACUUCAAGGAGACGCUGGCCCUCGAGCUGCACGGACACUUGAACACACUCUACGCCCACUUCAUCCUCUUCGCCAGGGAGUUCAACUUGCUCGACCCCAAAGAGACCGCCGUCAUGGACGACCUCACGGAGGUGCUGUGCAGCGGCGGGGGCCGCGGCGGGGGCGGGGGGGCCGGGGCCAGCGGCGGGGGCGCGGGGGCACAGAACCACGGGAAGGAGAGGUGAGCCCCCGGCCGGACAGGCGCGCACGUGUGCAGAGAGACGGAGGUGCGUGUGCUGCGUGUGUGCGUACGCACUGGGUGCGCUCGGCGGGAGGCCUGAGAGGUCGUGGCGCCCCCCCACCCGGCCUGGGCGUGCCGAGAGCGGGCUCCCCAGAUGCUGGCAGGCUGCACGUCGGACUGGCUCCCCGCCGGGGUUUUCCUGUUGGACGGAUGAGUGCCGCUUGUCAAGAAGGACCUUUGGAUUUCAUUCAUUCGCUCAACAAACAUUUAUGGGACUGCUGGUCUGAGUUUCCUUCUCCUGUGCGGCUUUCCUUUCCUUGGUCUUCCGUGUGGCCCCCGCCCUGCCUCCCCGCCCCGCUCCUGCCCCGGGGACUCUGCUGUUUUGAGAGAAA